CUUUAAUAAUAAAUAAAAAGGGCUGCCUCCCCGAUUUGUUCCUUUUCAGUUACUUGUUAUAUCUAGCGUUAGGAAACACCCUCCUCUCGGGACUCGGACAGGCUUUCAAUCUCUCGCUACUGAACUAGUUGCUGCAAACGUGGAGGGUUGGUGUCCAUUUUUUAGUAGCCCACACACUUUCAAGAGCUCCAGGAAAAUAUACAAUUAUGUCUCGGAUCAUUUUUAGUUCUCCAUCAACGCUACCACAAUUAUAUUCAACUUCAAGGCGGAUUGUUAAAAUGUCUGUGGCUCAAACCAUAAAUCCUGGAGUGUCUUUCCGGUCGAUGGUAGUGAAACCUCCUUCACAUCCUACAUAUGAUAUGAAGGGUGUUAUUAAGCUGGCACUCGCUGAAGAUGCUGGGGAUCGAGGAGAUGUGACUUGUUUGGCAACAAUUCCUUUUGACAUGGAAGUGGAAGCCCAUUUCUUGGCAAAGGAAGACGGCAUCGUUGCUGGAAUUUCACUUGCAGAGAUGAUAUUUCAUGAGGUUGAUCCCUCUCUAAAGGUAGAGUGGUCUCAGAAGGAUGGAGAUUAUGUUCAGAAAGGACUGCAGUUUGGAAAAGUAUCUGGACAAGCACACAAUAUUGUUGUUGCUGAAAGAGUGGUGCUCAAUUUUAUGCAGCGGAUGAGCGGAAUAGCAACUCUGACUAAGACAAUGGCUGAUGCGGCACGCCCAGCUUGCAUUUUAGAGACACGAAAAACGGCUCCAGGUUUACGUUUGGUUGAUAAGUGGGCGGUUCUAAUUGGUGGAGGGCGAAAUCACAGAAUGGGUUUGUUUGAUAUGGUUAUGAUAAAAGAUAAUCAUAUAUCAAUAGCUGGAGGUAUCAUAAAUGCCAUCAAAUCUGUUGAUCAGUAUUUAGAGCAACAAAACCUUCAAAUGGAGGUUGAGGUUGAAACCAGGACUCUUGAGGAAGUAGAUGAGGUGCUACGUUAUACAUCUCAAACAAAGUCAUCCUUGACCCGGAUAAUGCUAGAUAAUAUGGUUAUACCACUACCAAAUGGGGAUGUUGAUGUAUCUAUGCUUAAAGAUGCUGUGGAAAUGAUCAACGGGAGAUUUGAGACUGAGGCAUCGGGCAAUGUUACUCUUGAAACUGUACACAAAAUUGGACAGACUGGGGUAACCUACAUUUCCAGUGGUGCACUGACACAUUCUGUAAAAGCACUUGACAUCUCCCUCAAAAUUGAUACGGAGUUGGCACUUCAGGUUGGAAGGCGCACAAAACGAGCAUGAUUUUCGUUGCAAUUAUUCCACACUGGUAAAUUUGGUUUCAUCCAUGAUACAAAAGGAAUGAGCCCCGCUCCCUAAGGCGUUGUAGAAGAACCUCGCUUCAUGGACAAUUUCAUGCUACAGUAGAGUUUUUUUUUUUGUGGGAAAUGUACUAUACAUUUUGAAAUAUUCUGUUAAAUAUGCUGUUAAAUAUUCAAAUAUUCAAAAAAUAAAAGGAUGCAUGGGGUCUUGCUGUUCUUCCA